GCUUACGUACUUUUGUCUACAAUCGAAAAUAAAUGAAAACUAUUGUGGUUUAGUAUUUAAAUAUAGAUAAAAUGAAGGAUUCGAAGUCGGCACAGGCUCCGAUUGAAGAUUUAUCAGAGCUAAAGAGUUAUUUCGCUUCACACAACGUAACAAGAGAAUACAUCGCUCAUAGUUCUAAAGUACAUUCUGUUGGAUGGUCCUGCGAUGGAAGAAAGCUGGCUUCAGGCUCUUUCGAUAAAACAGUGGCCAUAUUUAACUUGGACAGAUACAGAUUGGAUCAAAGCUUCAUAUUCCGGGGACACACGGGGUCGGUGGACCAGCUCUGUUGGCACGCGUCGCACCCCGACCUGCUCAGCACGGCCAGCGGAGACAAGUCUGUGAGAAUAUGGGACACUAGAUCUCUGAAGUGUGUCGCAGUGAUCCCAACUAAGGGUGAGAACAUAAACAUUGCAUGGUCCCCCAACGGCAGCACCAUUGCGGUCGGCAACAAGGAAGACCUUGUCUCCUUCAUUGACACUAGGACUUAUAAAGUGGUAACAGAAGAACAGUUCAAUUUUGAAGUGAACGAGAUAUCCUGGAACAACGAGUCGGAUCUGUUCUUUCUCACAAAUGGCCUCGGCUGUAUUCACAUUAUGGCUUACCCAGGCCUGGAGCUACAAACCGUAGUCAAAGCGCACCCGGGCACGUGCAUCUGCAUCGAGCACGACCGCGGCGGGCGCUACUUCGCGACCGGCUCGGCGGACGCGCUGGUCUCACUGUGGGACGCCCGCGAGCUCGCCUGUCUGAGGGUCUUCUCCAGACUGGAGUGGCCGGUGCGCACGCUGUCGUUCAGCUUCGACGGGCGGCUGCUCGCGUCCGCCAGCGAGGACCACGUCAUCGACAUCGGGGACACCGAGACCGGUGAGAAAGUCUGCGACAUCCCCGUCUCCGCCGCCACGUUCACUGUCGCGUGGCACCCGACGCGCUACCUGCUGGCGUACGCCUGCGAGGACAAGGAGCCGCCGGAGAGGAAGCGAGAUGUCGGCAACCUGAAGCUGUGGGGGCUGCCGGCUGAUCGGGGGUAG